AAUCAGUCUUUGCCACCUUCUCGCUCAUGCCUCUUUGAUACCCAUUCUUUAUCUGUGAUUCCCAUUUCUAUUUAUACCCCCGAAGAGCUGCAUCGGUUUCAAAUCAUCCUGCAUAGUUCCUAGCUACCAGAAGUUGCAGUUGUGGAAGAAGAUUUUGAGGGUGUUUGAAGCAUUUUGGGUUUGUGAAUUGGUCAGGGACGACCUGGUGAACACGCUUUGGGAGAAAAAAGAUGGGGAGAGGCGCCGUUUCCGCGGGCUUCUUGGCCAUCGCAAUGCUGGCCUGCCUCGGGGGCGCGGCGACGGCGACGGAGUACGUCGUCGGCGGUAGCCGAGGUUGGACUGCGCCGCCCAACAUCACGGCUGGGUAUUACGACGAGUGGGCUGCCGGCAAAGCUUUCACGGGCGGCGACACUUUGAGGUUUAUCUGGAAUGGAAGGCACAACGUCGCGGUCGUCAAUAGAGAAGAAUACGACAGCUGCACAAAAGUGAGCUCAGUUUCUCAAGGAGGCGAAACAUUCAAUUACACGCUUCCGGCAGACGCAAAUGGCCUGUACUACUUCAUUUGCACCGUUGAUUCCCAUUGCGAAAAUGGGCAGAAGCUUGCCAUUACCGUUGUCAGCCCAACCCCAGCCGAGUCACCGAAUAGCUCGGGUUCUUCCUCAUCCGCUGUCGGCGCCUUACCCGUGCUGGUUCUCUUAUCAUCAAGCAUUAUCUCGAUGCUUAUGAACUAAAUUCAGGUCAUAGAGACGGACGAUACUGUAAUUUUAACCUUUUCUGAUUAUUCAUAUUCGUGUCUAGUAUGGAAUAAAAAAGAGUUGUCGUGUACGUUUUAGUGAGC